UUUGCCACUCUGGUAUUUUAUAGAUGAGGAGACUGAAGUUGAGGGAUAGUGAGGAGCUUGUCCAAGGUCAUGUAUACAUAAGCCAGUAAUCACUGGGAGCAAAGUUCUCUUGGCAAUAGGUCAAGCUGGCAUCAUGAGGUGGUUGAAGGCGCCCAUUGCGUUAACGUGAUUGUUUUGGGGGUUUAAUUAUUGUUUCUCUCCAAAGAGACAGCUUUCUUCCAUGGCUCAGGACGCACUCUUGGGUCGAGCUUAUAGGAAAACCUGGUAAGUAUUUGGUUCUUACAAGAUAUUGCGUACAAUUCCCUGUGCCAUACAGGGUGGACUUUCAAGACGACUUCUUACGCAUAUGCUGUUUUCACCACCUGACUUCCCAGCGUGGACCUAUGCUCAGGGACUCUGACCAGGGCUGCAUCCAAACAUGGCAAGCAUCCGCUGCAAGCUGGCUCGUUACCUGGAGGACCUGGAAGAUGUAGACUUUAAGAAAUUCAAGAUGUACUUAGAAGACUAUCCUCCGCAGAAGGGCUGCGUCUCACUUCCUCGGGGUCACACAGAGAAAGCAGACCAUGUGGAUCUAGCCACUCUGAUGAUCGACUUCAAUGGGGAAGAAAAGGCGUGGGCCAUGGCCACAUGGAUUUUUGCUGCAAUCAACAGGAGAGACCUUUACGAGAAGGCUAAGAGGGAGGAGCCAGAAUGGGACAAUGCCAAUGUUUCUGUGAUAUGCCGGGAAGAAAGCCUUGAAGAGGAGUGGAUGGGUUUACUCGGAUUCCUUUCCAGAAUCUCUGUUUGUAAAAAAAAGAAAGAUUACUGUAAGAAGUACAGGAAUCACGUACGAAGCAGAUUUCAGUGCAUCAAAGACAGGAACGCCCGUCUGGGUGAGAGCGUGAACCUCAACAAGCGUUUCACCCGGCUGCGUCUCAUCAAGGAGCAUCGGAGCCAGCGGGAGAGGGAGCACGAACUCCUGGCCAUUGGGAGGACCUCGGCCAAGAUGUGGGAUGGACCCGUGAGCUCCCUGAACUUGGAGACGCUGUUUGAUCCCGAGGACCAACACUCUGAUCCUGUGCACACGGUGGUGUUCCAGGGAGCAGCGGGCAUCGGGAAGACAAUCCUGGCCAGGAAGAUCAUGCUGGACUGGGCAUCAGGGAAGCUUUACCAGGACAGAUUUGACUACUUGUUUUACAUCCACUGCCGGGAGGUGAGCCUCGGGACCCAGAGGAGCCUGGGGGACCUGAUCGCCAGCUGCUGCCCUGACCCAUACCCACCCAUAGGCAAGAUCGUGAGCAAGCCUUCCCGGAUCCUCUUCCUCAUGGACGGCUUCGAUGAGCUGCAAGGUGCCUUUGACGAGCACACGGAGGCCCUCUGCACGAACUGGAAGAAGGUGGAGCGGGGAGACAUUCUCCUGAGCAGCCUCAUCAGAAAAAGACUGCUCCCGGAAGCCUCCCUGCUCAUCACCACGAGACCAGUGGCCCUGGAGAAACUUCAGCACUUGCUGGGCCUGGCUCGCCAUGUGGAGAUCCUGGGUUUCUCAGAGGCCAAGAGGAAAGAAUAUUUCUUUAAGUAUUUCUCAGAUGAGCAGCAAGCCAGGGAAGCCUUCCGGCUGAUUCAGGAGAAUGAGAUCCUCUUCACCAUGUGCUUUAUCCCCCUGGUCUGCUGGAUUGUGUGCACUGGGCUGAAACAGCAGAUGGACAGUGGCAAGAGUCUUGCUCGGACGUCCAAGACCACCACUGCCGUCUAUAUAUUCUUCCUCUCCAGUUUGUUGCAAUCUCAAGGAGGGAGCCGGGAGCACCAGGUCUCCGCCAACCUCCGGGGUCUCUGCUCGUUGGCUGCAGAUGGCAUCUGGAACCAGAAAAUCCUAUUUGAGGAGUGUGAUCUCAGGAAUCACGGCCUGCAGAAGGCAGACAUGUCUGCUUUCCUGAGGAUGAACCUAUUCCAAAAGGAAGUGGACUGUGAGAAAUUCUACAGCUUCAACCACAUGACUUUCCAGGAGUUCUUUGCUGCCAUGUACUACCUGCUCGAGGAGGAGGAUCAGGGGGAGAGGAGGAACGCACCGUGGAGCUGUUCCAAGCUUCCCACCCGGGACGUGACCGUCCUUCUUGAAAACUACGGCAAAUUUGAGAAGGGGUAUCUGAUUUUUGUUGUCCGUUUCCUCUUUGGUCUUGUAAACCAGGAGAGAACGUCCUACCUGGAGAAAAAACUGAGUUGCAAGAUCUCUCAGAAAAUCAGGCUGGAGCUGCUGAAAUGGAUCGAGGCGAAAGCCACGGCCAAGAAGCUACAAACUGAGCCCAGCCAGCUGGAACUGUUCUACUGUUUGUAUGAGAUGCAGGAGGAGGACUUUCUGCAAAGGGCCAUGGUCCAUUUCCCCCAAAUUGAGAUCAACCUCUCCACUAGAAUGGACCACGUGGUUUCUUCUUUUUGCAUUGAAAACUGUCGCCAUGUGGAAUCACUUUCCCUGAGGCUGCUCCAUAACUCACCCAAGGAGGAGGAGGAGGAAGAGGAGGAGGAGAAAGGGGAGGAGGAAGGGGUUCAAUACUCUGAAGUGGACCACAGUGAGCCCCCUGUUGCAUAUUCUCAGCGGUUGGUGAACUAUCUCACUUCCAGCUUUUGCAGGGGCAUCUUCUCAGUUCUGAGCAAUAACUGGAACCUCACUGAAUUAAACCUCAGUGGCAAUAAUCUGGGAGACCCAGGGAUGAAGGUGUUGUGUGAAACGCUCCAGCAACCUACCUGCAACAUUCGCAGACUGUGGUAAGAACCCACAUGUGUGUGUGUGUGUAACAGAG